CAUUGCAUUCCUAAAACCUUCACUUUUUCCGAUUUGAAAUUUAGUUUGGUCUCACUUGAGAACUUAGCAAUCUGAACUUAGCAAUCUCACAAUAUGCAUGUUCUCACUUAUAACGAUGAGUUUGAUUGCUCUGUAGCCCCUCAUAGGUUGUUCCAUGGAUUAUUCAUGGAUGCCACAAUUUGAUGCCUAAGAUCAUGCCAAUAGUCAAGAGCGUCGACUUUGUCUCAGGAGAUGGUGGGCCAGGAAGCGUUCAACAAGUUAACUUCGUUGAUGGAUAUCAAAUGAAAUAUGUGAAAAACAGGUUGGAUUUUAAGGACAAAGAGAACUGUGUAAUAAACUAUACCGCGAUUGAGUCUGAUUCCUUUGGUGACAUGAUCGAUUGCAUUAGCAGCGAGGUUAAGUUCGAUGCUGUCCCUAGUGGUGGUUCAAAGUGUACCAUAAAAACAACUGUUUGCCCAAAAGGAGAUGUUAUUCCUGACGAGGAAACACUCAAGGCAGGGAAAGAAGGACAUAUGCAACAAUACAAAGCUGUUAUAGCUCAUCUCAUUGAGAACCCUGACCUAUAUGCAUAGUUUGUGACCGGUGUGCAUGUAUACCACCCCAAUCUACUAGUUAUCUUGUGUGCAUCUUAUUUUUGUUGUGUAUGUGGUGUGGUUUGUGCUCAAUAAGAUGGAAAACAAAAAAUGUAUUGUAAAAACAAUGUGGUUACUCGAAUCCUUUUGAGUUGUAUUAUAAGCCUGGAUUGAUCCCAGAAAUGUAACUCCACGUAGCCGUGUAAUAUCUUGAUUUUCUAUGUUAUGGUUGUAA